AUGGUCCCUUAUGGCUUCCGAUUUAAGAAUACUACCGUUCCAUACAAUACUACAACUUCAUACAAGAUGGCGACCCUGAACUUCUCUUUAAAGGUAAACAACGCGGUUUCGGAAGCAGCUGGUAUCUUAGCAUCUGCGACUCCUAAUUCUAUCGUUCCGGUCGAAAGUGCUACUAUUCCACCGUCGACUGGUAAUACCCUUGCUCCUCCUGAGAGCGCGGUAACUCUCUCACCAUCAUACACGUUCCCAGAUCCUGAUGUCCUCGUUGUUACUACCUUCUCAACAACGACCAUUCCGUAUCUAGAUCCGGUCAUUCAGGUUCCUACUCUAUCUCCAGUUGAACCAACAACUAAACAUGUCACACCAAUCCCUUCAUCUACUUCCGUCUUAUUUGGCUUUCCCGUAGUUCCUGCGGCACCAUCAAGUACUAUAAACAUCAUCCCUUCUUCUACGAUACUUCCAAAUAUCUCACCUACGUCUUUAACAACAACUCCCACUCUUACACCAUCAUACAUCAUUCCCACCACUCUAGAAACAUUAUCUUCCACCCCAUCACCACAAUCAACACAAGCACCUGCUUCUCUCACAUCCACCACGCCACUCCCCACCAACUCUAACUCUUCAACCAGCCACCUCGGAGCCUACAUCGGUGGCGCUGUCGGUGGUGCCGCCAUCACCAUCCUUUUUCUCCUCGCCAUCUUCUGUCUUGCCCGCCGUCGCAAAAGUAAAUCCCCUAAACACCACCCCGACCGUCCCGCUUUCAUCGGCGGCUACGAAUUAAAAUUGGAUAAAGUAGGAGAUCUACAACGCGUUGUCCACGAAAAAAUAGUCAGGAGAAAUACAUUCGAAGCGUGGAAGAAAGGUGUCGUACCUAGUCUUAAGCAAGAUGCGGAUGAUAUGGCUGGGAAAAGUGAAAUCAGUCUUGGUGUUGGGACUCCUCAAACUGGAUAUUCAGGUCCGCUAGCAGAUGUUGCGGAAAGUGUGAGUUCACGGGGCUUAUCAGAUCAGGAGGGAAGAGAAUCGUUCAGAGGAGAGAAACGCAGCGAAGCUGGAGAUGAUGAGGAUAGAUAUAUGGUCUCCCCAAUAGAGGAGGAGCAAAACCCUUCGAGACCUGUAUCUGGUAUUAAUCCUUUGAUUUUUGAAUGGGAGGAAAGAGUAGAUCAGAGAGGAGAUUCAACGAUUGGGAUCAUUGGACUGGCAAUAUAG